AUGGUGGUUUGGAGAUUCAUGCAUCAUAAAAUUCCAACUGAUGAUAACUAUGCUAUUAGAGGUUUUAGCUUACCAUCCAUGUGUUCUCUAUGUCAAUCUAAUUCUGAAACCAUGGAUCAUCUGUUCUUUAGCUGCAAUUUUGCCUUGGCAGUUCUCAAAGCUAGCAUCGUUAGUAUUUUCUAUCAGGUUUGGAGGGCUCGCAACAAAGUUAGACAUGAGAGCUCUAAAACAUCUUGGAAUUCGUGUGUUGCCUCCAUUGCUGCUCAAGUGAAACUGGAUGGAAAUCUUUCUAGCAGAAAAUGCAACAACAACAUAUCUAAUUUUGUCAUGCUUAAAAGAUUUGAUGUCAAUUUAAAUCCAUCAAAGACAAUUGAUUCCUUUGAUGUUUUAUGGACCCCUCCUCUGCAAACUUGGAUCAAAUGUAAUAUUGAUGGUGAGGCUAAAGGGACUCCCUGGAAAGCUGUCUGUGGUGGCAUCUUUAGAGAUUGCCAUGCUAAUCAUGUUCUAAGUUUUUCUAUGUUCCUUGGCAACGAACCUCCUGCAAAUGCUGAACUCUUGGCAGUCAUGGUAGCCAUGGAAAAAGCUAUGGAGCUGGAGCUUAUUAGGUUCUGGUUGGAAUCAGACUGCUAUAUUGUUGUUAAUGCUUUCUACAACCAUGCUUUGGUCCUGUGGAAUCUCCGAUCUCGUUGGCUAGUUUGUUGGGCGUAUAUGAUGAACAUUGAUUUUAGAAUCACGCAUGGAGGCCAAUUUUUGUGCGGAUAUUUUCGCUGGCAUUGGUUUAGAUUGUAA